AAAGAAAAUAUGGGUCUAAAUUAUUACCCCUCAAAUUUUAGUGAUUAAAAGUUAAGAAGAUGAAGAAAUUAAAACGAAAAAAAAAGAGGCACUUAGGUUCUGGCUUUGCUCACCUCAUGUCAGCCGGCAGGGGCUCGGCCUAGCGAUCCGAUUCUGCAGCUUUUUAUGGAGUUUGACCGAUCGGUACUAAUGGAAUAACUCUUUCCGCCAUAACCCCAUUGCAGUUUCUCAUCAUCAUGUUCUCUCGUUUCUUCACUUCCCAAUUCCCAUGGAUUUCCCUUCCCUUCUUCUUCACCUUCUUCCUCCUUAACAUCCCUUCAACCACUUCCAUGGUACAAUAUCGGAACUCCGGCACCGAUGCCCUUUACGAUCAGCAUUGCAAUCAAAUCGUUCCCAAAUCACCUUUAGACAUCGACCCAUCUUCCUUCGCUGCUCCCACUCCCAGGCUACAGUUCAGGAACAGUUAUUUCUCUGGUGGCGACAAGAUCAUCGGUCAAACCCCAGGUUCGGCCGCCCCUGUUUCUCCUCGAUAUGUGUUUCUUUAUACCCUCAAUGCCCAUAAAACCGUCACCCCUGGCGUGAUUAAACUUCAAGCUAGUUUGGCUCUUCGAGGCUCCACCUCAUAUUUUGGUUCUUUUGACAAUUCCAAACACCGUGGUUUGCGAUUGGUUCGGUAUCGAGGACCGAAGACUCAGCCCUGGAGGCGGAGAGUGGGAUUUGGGCUUGAUGGGUUUUGGUCGGAAACAUCUGGGAAGGUAUGUAUGGUUGGAUCAGGUACGAGUUUAAUGAAUUCAGGGGAUUUACAAAAUUUGAAUGUUGUUCUAAAGCUGGAUUAUCCGACAAACGUUACCAUUUUACAUAGUUUGAUUACUGGAACUUUGGAAAGUUUGAAUGACAAUAGUGGUCCGCAAUUUUUUGAGCCUGUUUCAAUCUUGAGUCUAGCACAGGGUACGGAUUACAAGUAUACCUUUAUAGAUAAAGGAGUUGAGGAUUGCUUGAGUGGGAAUCUUAGAGGUUUAAAUCUAUCUCAAGAUGUAUGUUCUGUAAUUGGUAUGCUUACUGAUACUUUUGACUUGGAGUAUGAGAGUGACUGUGAUGAUGUGAACUGCAAUCCUUUAGGUAAGAAUGUCAAAGACUUGCCUGUUUCAAUGAAUUAUGAAGGAAUUGAGUGCACACAUGAGGGAAAAUUGCGAAUGUUAUUGCACUUUGCGAACUCAAGCUAUCAUGUCAAUAGAUAUUCGUUGGUACCUAACGACACUUUGAUUGCUGAAGGAAUUUGGGAUCAGAAGGAAAACCGGCUUUGUGCUGUUGUCUGCCGAAUUCUGAACUAUACACAAUCGUUAACCAAUGCUUCUGUUGGAGAUUGUUCAAUAAGGUUUAGUCUGAUAUUUCCUGCUGUUUUCUCUAUCAGAAACCGAAGUACUGUUGAGGGUCAAAUAUGGAGCACGAAGUCUGCAAAUGAGCCGGGUUACUUUAAGAAAAUUUGGAUUCGCAGUUAUAAUGAAAUGUUUUUAGAUCCUUCUCAAAUCAAAUAUGAAUAUACUGAGGUUGGAGCACAAAGUUCUUGCCCCCAAAGCAAGAACGUUCAUGGUAAGGGAAAGACAUACCCUAGUGUUAAUUCAUCUGACAUGAGGUUUUAUGUAUCCUUAAAGAACAGCGAAGGGCAGAUUGCAAGGGGUUAUGCAUCACCAUUAUUUUAUGGUCAGCGUGCUUAUCGACGGUUUGCUAACUUUUCUCGAUCUGAGGACAGAGAAACUCCAACGGCACUGGACGCCAAUGGAAAUGGUCUCCUGAACAUUAGCUACAGGAUAAGUUUCAGGUCUCCUGAUUUCAAGUUAGCUGGGGAAAACUUUUCAUCAAAAAAAGUGUUGAUUUCUGCCGAAGGAAUUUAUGAUAGGAAUACUGGUUCUUUGUGUAUGACAGGAUGCUGGCAACGAGAGUUGAUGAAAACUCGUAUAUUGGACUGUCAAAUUGUUGUCAAAGUUCAAUUUCCAUCUCUAGACGCGAGUGGGAUGGAUCAUAUUCAGGGAACAAUUGCAAGCAAAAGGUCAAAGUCAGAUCCUUUUUAUUUUGAUGAUCUGGAAUUAUCUUCAGUUUCACUUUAUAGAAAGCAAGCUGAAGAAUCCUUAUGGAGAAUGGACCUUGAAAUCACCAUGGUUCUGAUUUCCAACACCCUUGCCUGUCUUUUUCUAGUCUUGCAACUCUUUUACGUAAACAAACAUCCGGAGGUGCUUCCGUUCGUUUCGGUUUUGAUGGUGAUAAUUACGUGUUUGGGACACAUGAUUCCUCUUCUGCUCAACUUUGAAGCUUUGUUUGCAGCAAAGCGUAAUCAGCAAAGUGUAUUUCUUGGCAGUGGAGGAUGGCUUGAAGUGAAUGAAGUAAUUGUUAGAGUAGUAACAAUGGUGGCUUUCCUUUUGCAGUUGCGUCUUCUCCAGCUCACUUGGUCAUCAAGACAAGGGAAUACAAGUGAGAAAGGCUUGUGGGAUUCUGAGAAAAAAGUUACUUAUCUGACUUUACCAUUGUAUGCAGUUGGCAUUUCUAUCGCUUGGCUAGUUUACAAGUGGAGAAGUUCUUACAAUAGCUCAUACAGGCCAUUUUUCCAACCAAUCCACAAAGGGUAUCGAUUUCUUCCUACUCGGCAGUUUGGGUACCAGCAAAACUCUUUCUGGGAAGUUCUCAAAUCCUUUGCUGGUUUAGUCUUGGAUGGUUUUCUGGUUCCACAGAUCAUAUUCAACUUGAUAUUUGAUUCUAAGGAAAAAGCUCUAUCAUUCUCCUUCUAUAUGGGAACAACAUUUGUACGUCUACUACCUCAUGCUUAUGACCUUUACAGGGCUCAUCAUACCAGCUGGUACCUUGAUUUGUCAUACAUAUAUGCUAAUCACAAACUAGACUUCUAUUCCACAGCUUGGGACAUCAUCAUCCCUUGUAGUGGUAUUCUAUUAGCUCUUCUCAUAUUCUUGCAGCAGCGUUUUGGUGGUCGAUGCAUACUUCCAAGAGUAUUCCGUAAACAGGUUCCUUCAUAUGAUCAAGUGCCAACCAUAAGCAAUGAGGAAUUGUAAGAUAGGAUGACAGUAUGUAUUUUUAUUAUUGCAAAGAUUCCUUGAGUUUUGAAUCAUACACAAAAAUAGCAGGUUUUCAAUAGGUUUUUCUCUGAAAUAUUUGGCCUAAAUUGUAUUUGAUGGACUGGAGAAAAAUUGUUAAUGUAACUUCCAGGUAAAAUAUAUAAAGAAAAGGUGUGGGAUGGUGACAUUUGGCAGAAAA